AUUUUUAUUUAUUAUUAAUUGGAAUAAAAAGAUAUUUCAACUUAUUUAAUUAAUAUAAUAUUGAAUUAUAGAUACAAAAUAUCUUCUACUAAGAACAAUAUGUCUGAAAUACCGAAAAAUGGAAAUCACAGUAAAGGAAAUGAACUAGUCGUUACAGAUUCUGUUCAUGAAAGAUUCCGUGAGGGUCAUGUUUAUUGUGACAUUUGUAAAAUUUAUGUUGUUAGAAAUAGUAAAGAGAUAAGUAAACAUUUUAAUAAUAAUCAUCCUUCUACUAUAAUGUGCCAUUACUGUAAAAAUAAGGUAUUCAAAUAUCGAGAUUUAAGAAACGUUGAUUCUGAUAUCAAAGAAUCUCGAGAAUUUAUAUAUCAUAAAUGUUCUUCACAAAAAUGAAUGUACAGAACAAAUGAUAAAUCUAUUAUUAUAUGAUAAUGCAGAUAUAAUAAAUAAAUUUUAUUUACAAAUAGUAAAUUACAAAGAUACACACGAACUUGUACAUAAUAUAAGUUACAUAUUUUUCUUUAGUAUUUAUAAAGUUCACAUUUUCUAUUAUAAAUAAUAAUAGGUAAAUGUGACGAAAUACA